AAGGCCUACGUAAAUCCCACUUAUUCAUUCAGCAAAAAUCGAAUAGCGCCAGGCACCGUUUAGUAAAUACUGAGAGAAUACCGCAAAGUUCUGUCCUUCGGGAGUUCCGUUCUACUGGGGGACAGGAGGAGGAAGAUGAAAGCAACUUGUUCUGGCCCCACUGGCCCCGCUAGAAAAGUCGUCUUCACACGGCCCACGGGUCUGGCCGGCUCACGCGGCCACCGCAGCCACAGCCUGCGGCCGCACUAGUGCCAGCGUCUCCAACUCUCGCGUUGUUUGGGACCCGCUGCGUGGGACCAGGGGCGCUGCCGCACGGACCUGCUGCACAAGAUCACCUGCCGCCAGAUCACCGCCUCGAGGUGAAGGCGGAGGAUGGAAGAGAUGCGCCUGCUCCUGGGAAGGCUGAGAAUGAAGAAAAUGGGGAGUCGGAGGCCUUCAAUAAGGUAGAUGGAGAAAAGGCAGAAGACAAGAAGAGGAGGAGGAAGAGGAAGACGAUGAUCCUUAUGUGAAGAUUCACCUGAUGCAGAAUGGCAAAAGGCUGAAGAAGAAAAAGACAACAAUUAAAAAGAACACACUUAACCCCUACUACAAUGAGUCAUUCAGCUUUGAGGUACCCUUUGAACAAAUCCAGAAAGUGCAAGUGGUGGUAACUGUUUUGGACUAUGACAAGAUUGGCAAGAACGAUGCCAUCGGCAAAGUCUUUGUGGGCUACAAUAGCACCGGGGCGGAGCUGCGACACUGGUCAGACAUGCUGGCCAACCCCAGGCGCCCCAUCGCCCAGUGGCACACCCUGCAGGUCGAGGAGGAGGUUGACGCCAUGCUGGCGGUCAAGAAGUAAAGGAAAGAAGCCUUUCUGCAUCUGCCCACAUAGUGCUCUUUAGCCAGUAUCUGUAAAUACCUCAGUAAUAUGGGUCCUUUCAUUUUUCCAGCCAUGCAUUCCUGACAAUUCAGUGGUACUUCAAAUCCUGUUUUAAUUUGCACAAAUUUAAACGUAGAGAGCCCCUAAGCCCUUCGUCAUGCCACUGCCCUCCAGAUCCACUCUUCUUUUAAGCAAUAUGAUGUGUAGAUAGAGCAUGACUGAAAUUAUUUAUUGUAUCACACCGUUGUAUAUACCAGUAUGCUAAAGAUUUAUUUCUAGUUUGUGUAUUUGUAUGUUGUAAGCGUUUCCUAAUCUGUGUAUAUCUAGAUGUUUUUAAUAAGAUGUUCUAUUUUAAAUUAUGUAAAUCGACUGAGAUAUAGGAGAGCUGAUAAUAUAUUAUAUGGUAAAUAUAGUAUUGUCUGCAUUCCAGCAAAAAUAUCAACUUGUAAGGCACUCGUACAGUGAAACUGACAUCUUAAAGGACAACUUAAACCUGAGCUUUCUAUUGAAUCAUUUGAGUACCAAGAUACACUUACACCACAUAUUUGCUGGGUGAAUCCAAUUUUGUAGAAUUUCUUCACAGGCAAAUUAGUAUGAUCUGAGCAGCGUCCAGACUGACCUCCAGGAAGCAUAGCCACAAACCAGAAUAGCAUCUGUCUGUACAUAGCUACAAAGCCGAAACAAGGGCUUCACUCUCACAUUCGAGGAAGCAACUGAACAGGAGCCAAUGACUUCAUAUUACUGCAUACAGAGUAACAAUAUGACGGCAUUCCGUGAGUGUGUGUGUGUGUGCGUGUGCAUGCGUGUGUGCGUGUGCAUUUGUCUGGGGAUGGGGUGGGUGGGAAGAAGCUGAGGGGAGAAGUCAGCAUUUCUGAAUUAUUGCCUGACGAUUUAAAAAGAAAAAAAAGUAGCUCUCCGUUAUCACCUUUAUACAAAAUGUGCAUCCUGUGGUGAAUUCUGUUCCAGAUUUCAUACCUAUAAUAAUUCCAAAAGGUUUGCACAUUAGACUUUGUAACAAAAUAUUUUAUUACACAAAACCAUAUUAGAAGGAAUGCAGAAUAUUUUUAACACAGCAAUCUGUGCUUAUUACACAAAAUUACUUUGUGGUAAACAGACAGUAUUGUGAUCCCGUCAAAAGAUGAAAAAAAAAAAAAAAAACAAUUAGCCAUAGUUCUGAAUGCACUUCAAUUAAGCCAAAACAGACAGCUAGUGAUCUUUUUAUAUGCUCUUUUUACUUAAAUAAGUUUUAAUUUGUCCUUUAAAAACAAAAAAGGUGAAACAAUACCAAGAACAAGUUCCAGCAAACUGAAGCAACCUCUUAUGUAUACUAGACGCUUGACUUAGGAGGAGUUUUUAACUGUUUCCAAUGUCAUUAUGUAGUAAAUGGCACUAUUACGAAGCUACUAGUCAUUCCAUAAGAGUCUUCAAGGACUGCUCUGUGUAGCACUGUGACUGCCGUGUGUGCUUAGACACGUAGUUUCCUCAGUGGACAGCACUCAGUUUAUUCCGUAGUGAUGUUGUAACAAUACUGCCAUUCCCUCCUACUGCACUGCCCAAGGUGUGUGUAGCACAAACAGUUCCCAUUACAAAGGACCAAUUCAGAACUGAAAAGCUAUGCGUAGGACAAGAGAGACACACAGAAUGGGGUGGAACACACAGCAUUUUGUCAAGCACUGUGCAAUAUUCCAUACUUUCCCCUACUAUGGUGGACAACCAGUUCGUGGAGAGGCAGCCCGUUAGCUCACGCUGCAGCCGCUCCCUCCUGUGACCCACUGUAAUUCCCAGGCCACGACAGCAGUGGUGCCUGGAAGUAGAAGCUUGUCUUCGCAAAUACCAAAACAAGAUGGAGGAAAACCAAGCAUGAGCCUCAUGUUCAGACGUUAGGAUACCAUGCCACGUUUUUUAAAACCUACAGAGAAUUCAAAAAGGGCUCAUGGGAGGCUUCACACGUGGGGCUGGUUGUUUCCUGAUAAAAGUAGAAUUCCCGUCAUUCUUCUUUUCCCAUCAAAGAAGAGGCAAGCCCUUGGCCAUUCUGCCCAGUCACAGCAAACUCGUUAGAACUGGGACAGACACAAAGGACAAAGGAGAAUAGCAUCUCCCUCUUCUGUGGAUGGGCCAUACUUUUUUUCAAACGUAGGUAAUAGAUGAUGCACAUGUCAUGAUGUGAGAUUAAAUAUCAGUUUGAACAGAAGAGUCAAAUGGGAAUCUGUCCAGUUUAAAAGACCAAACCCCACCAAAGAGAGGGAGUUGAUGGACUUUAAAAAAUCCCUUCCAUACCAGAAACUGACAUUUAAUUUCACUCUAUUCAGCUUUAAGUUGUUCACACUGAAACAAAACUUUAAAGCAAGCAGGUUCAGCUGCCGGAUAUACAUUAUUUCUUGCAUUAAAGUACUACUAAUGCAUUCUCUUGCAACACUGCCAGACAUGGGACUGUCACCAUAGAAUUAGUUGGUACUAUGCCAUCUUUCACAAGUCAGUGACCGAACCUGCUUUGAGACCAAGAUUCAUCCUCAGAUAUGCCACAUGUACCUUUCUGACAAAGCUGUGUAAAGUAUUAGAAGCUGAUGCUCUAGAAAGAUCCUAGUUGCCUUUGUGUAUAUUUACUGCCUGCUUGAGUGUUUCUAUGUGUGGGUUUUCUCUGUAUCUUGUAGAAAUGUUGGGGUGUUUUCUUCUGCCAUAUGGCUCGUGGCCCGCGAGCCAACUACUUUAGCUGUAUUUACCUUCAUUUUUGAUGAGGUGGUUUAAAUUUUGUUUCACUUUGUGUAGUGACCCCACAGUAGUUUUCUGAUUGUUGUUAAAAAUGACUUAACAUAUUACAUGGAUACUCAAUAAAAAUGUUUUAUUUCCUGUU